UAGGAAACUGUAUGUACACAAUAAUUAUUUAAAUGUCAAGUUGUCAUGUUAGUGCCGUUCCCCGAAGGCAUUAGGACCGAAUUAUGUGUUUCAUACCCACAAAUACAUUAAUACAAGCCUGAACAAUGCGUUCAAUACCAAAAUGGGCCGAUAAAGUACAAGACAACGACAAGAAAGGCCAAACCAUUUACGACUUAUGUUUCAAUCCAGAGGGUACACAGCUGAUUGUAGCAAGCGGUAAUCAUGUUUUAGUUUACGAUACUUGUGAUGGUGGUCUGAUCCAGACUCUAAAAGGUCAUAAAGAUAAAGUUCACUGCGUCUCAUAUGCGAAAAACGGUUUAAAAUUUGCAAGUGGGAGCGCAGACAAAACUGUAAUUAUAUGGUCAAGUAAACUAGAAGGUUUACUUAAAUACAGCCACAGCGAUUCCGUUCAGUGCCUUGUAUUUAACCCAUUAUCACAUCAGUUAGCCUCAUGUGCCUUAACAGAUUUUGCCUUUUGGAGCUCAGAGCAAAAGGCUGUGCAGAAACAUAAAACGAAUAUUAAAAUCAAUGCUUGUUCAUGGACUAACGAUGGACAGUACUUGGCUUUGGGUCUCAACAAUGGGGUCAUAUCAAUACGAAAUAAAUUGGGGGAAGAAAAGGGCCGAAUUGAACGUCCACAGAACCCAGCGAUUUGGGCGCUUUCAUGGAGCACGUACAAAGAUGAUCAAACUGACACUCUGUGUGUAACUGAUUGGAAUAAAACAUUAUCUUUCUACACUCUGGGUGGUAAAUUAGUUGGUAAAGAAAGAAACAUAGGGUUCGAAGCUUUAAUGGUUUCCUAUUUUCCCAAGGGCGAAUAUAUUUUGAUCAGUGGAUUAAAUAAAGCUUGUGUUAUGUAUACGCGCGAUGGAAUCAAACUGGAUAUAAUUGGUGAUCAACAAAAUGCUUGGGUGUGGUGCUGUGCUGCCCAUCCAAGUGGAAAUUUUGUUGUAAUGGGGUGCCAAGAUGGUACAAUUGCUUAUUAUCAACUUAUUUUUAAUACUGUCCAUGGACUGUAUAAGGAGAGAUAUGCUUUUAGAGAAAAUAUGACGGAUGUUAUCAUACAGCAUCUCAUAACUGAACAAAAAGUUAGGAUUAAGUGCCGAGAUCUUAUUAAGAAAAUUGCAAUUUUUAAACACCGACUGGCGGUACAACUUCCUGAACGAGUGAUCAUUUAUGAAUUAUACUCGAACGAUGCAAAUGACAUGCACUACAGAGCUAAGGAAAAAAUUACACAAAAAUUGGAUUGUAGUCUUCUGGUGGUGUGCACUGAACAUUUAGUAGUGUGUCAGGAGAAAAAACUACAAAGCAUGUUUUUUUCUGGUCAAAGCGAAAAAGAAUGGAAUUUUGACAGCUCCAUUAGAUACAUUAAAAUCAUAGGAGGGCCACCUGGAAAAGAGGGCUUAAUUUUAGGCCUGAAAAAUGGGCAAGUAUGGGAAGUACAUCUAGACAACAUUCACCCACUGCUUAAAGUAACAGUCAAUGAUGGCAUUCGUUGUUUGGAUUUAAGCCAGAAGAAACAGAAAUUGGCAGUAGUAGACGAAACAGGGCUGCUACAAGUCUUUAACGCUAAAACCGGCGAAUUGCAUUAUCAAGAACCAGGCACAAACAGUGUAGCUUUUAAUAACUUAUACGAAGACAUGGUUGCCUUUAGCGGAAACAGUUCUUUGGCCAUUAAGGUACUUGAUUUCCCAGCGCAUCGCCAAAAAAUGAUGGGAUUCGUUGUGGGUCUGUCAGGGGCGAAAGUUUUCUGCCUGAACGGAUCGUCAAUGGUAACGUUGGAGUUACCUUUAAGUGCACCAAUGUAUCAAUACAUUGACAAAAAAAUGUUUGCUGAAGCUUACAGAGUCGCUUGCUUGGGUGUGACAGAUGGAGACUGGGAUGAACUUGGUCAGGCUGCCCUUGAAUCACUCGAGUUUGAAAUAGCCAGAUUGGCAUUUAUUAAAUUGCAAAAUUUUUCGUAUCUGGAACUCAUUCAGGAUCUACAAGAACAAUUGAAAAAAGGCAAUGUUACUCGUGAGUCAAUGAUUGGAGAUAUUUACGCCCAUAGGGGGAAACUGAAAGAGGCUGCACGGUUGUAUCAAAAGUCGGGACAAGAACAUAAAGCUCUUACAAUGUACACUGAUCUAAGGAUGUUUGAUUUGGCACAGGAAUAUUUAGGAUCCAGUGAUAACACCGAUUUAAUUCGUCAAAAAGCAGAUUGGGCUCGAAAUAUUAAUGAGCAUAAAGCAGCUGCAGAAAUGUAUCUUUCUGUGGGUGAUACUCAAUCAGCCAUUGAUAUCUAUGGAGAAAAAGGAUGGGCCGACCAAUUGAUAGAGUUGGGAAGACGUUUAGACAAAACCGACAGAUCGGCCUUAUUAUCAAUCGCUGAACAUCUAAAACGCCUAAAUCAAGCUUCAUUUGCCGCAGAAAUUUAUCGUCGUUUAGGCGAUUCAGCCGCUGUUCUACACUUGCAUGUGGAAGCGAAAGAAUGGGCGCAGGCUUUUCUAUUGGUCCAGAAUCAGCCCCAGUUUAAAGCUCUAGUUUACGUACCGUAUGCCCACUGGUUGGCAGAAAAUGAUAAAUUCGUGCAAGCCCAAAAAGCGUUUUAUAAGGCUGGCAAACCCGAAGAAGCAUUUAAAGUUCUGCAGCAUCUUAUAAACAAUGCUUUAAACGAAUGUAGGUUUCAGGAUGCUGGAUACUACCACUGGUUAGUAUCGCGACAGUUUUUAGAUCUGGCAAAUACAAACACUGAUAUUCAAAACGAAUACUUGACGAAUCAUGUAGUAAAUGAACGACUAGCAGCAAUUUAUUAUGCUUUUCAUGCAGUUCAUCGAUAUUUAGAAGAACCCUUUACGUCUUAUAUGCCCGAAGCGCUUUUCAACAUAGCACGAUUUUUAAUGACUGAAACCAGCCAAAAUAAUCGCCCUAAAGGAGUUUCAUUGUUUGCAAUUCUGUAUUGUCUGUCGAAACAGGCACGAAAAUUGGGUGCAAAUAAAUUUGCCAAACAAAUCUUGGACAGAAUACAAACUCUCAUAAUACCGCAGAAGUUCCAAGAGCAAGUAGAAAUUGCAACAAUAGCAGCCAGAGCUCGGCCUUACAGUGACCCAGAAGAGUUACUGCCAAUGUGUUAUCGUUGCUCCACGUACAACCCUUUGGCCAGCGUAAGUAAUCUAUGCGUGAAUUGUGGACAAAAAUUUGUCCACUCGUAUGUAAGUUUUGAAAUUUUACCGUUGGUGGAAUUCGUCUUGCAAGAAGAUAUAUCAGAUGUUGAAGCAGUCAGGCUGAUUGAAACACCCCCCAGUGAAGCGACAAAAGGAGACAAUUGGAAACACCAUGUUACAGAAAGUCACGAAACAUUACAGUUAGAUAUUGAUAAUGAAGAAAAGGAUCCAUUUACAACUAGACUGAGUUCUUUUGAGGCUGGUGAUGGAGAUGGAAGUUUCUCCCCUGUUGUUGUAAACAGGAAAAUUCUCUUGUCCAUGGAUAGCACUUCUGUGUUAAUAUGUAAAUGGAAUCCACCUUUGAGAUACCAAUUUUAUAAGAAUUUAUUACCAGAACUUCAAAUAAUGAUGUGUUAUUCGUGCUUUAAGGCAUUCCAUGUUGACGAUUUUGAGUUACAGUUAUUGCAAAAGGGAUAUUGUCCGUUUUGUAGGGCUUUGCCAGAAAAUUCGUUAAAUAGUGAUUUAUGUGAUGAUCUGUUAGUAUAACAACACUUUAGAUGUUGCUUAGAGCUUUAAAAUAUCCGUCCUGUUACA